AUGCCGCCAGGGGCGAUCGCAGCCGUAGCAGCCGUGGAAGCUGCGAACCAAGCAGUACAGCAAUCACGUCGGAGACUUUCAACUGCAGCUACUGUGGUCAAGGUUAUGACUGCAAGAGGCAACAAAACGGGGACAGAGGAGCUAACGACAAGUGCAAGAGGCUCGUUGGAUCGUACCAGCGCUAUCGUGAAGCUCUCGGGUCACGGAGAUAAGACGCUGGCGUUGUACCAAGACGGCGAGAUGGUCACGUUAGGAUCUUCUUCUACUGCCUGCUCAAAGGAUGGCGGGACGGAUGUCGUGCUGAGUCGCAUGUUGCUAGAUGUUGCGUGUGGUGACAAACACGGCGUCGGUGCGAGCGAACAAGGCUAUUUGCUGACGUGGGGUGAAGUCUUUGACUGUAGGAGCAAGACACGAAGUGAGAAGGAGACUGCGAAUGCCCCGAGAGUCGUUCAGCCACUAUUACACAAACGUAUCGUUCAGGUAGCCUGCGGUGCCAGUCACAGCUUCGCUUUGGCUGAAGAUGGCGACGUGUUCUCGUGGGGGAUCGGUCGGAGUGGCGCGUUGGGUCACGGUCUGAACGUUCACGAACAAACGUUCGAUACCGUGAUGUCUCCAAUGGAAGUAUUGGCUCUAAAAGGCCGUCGGGUGGUGCAGAUCGCUUGUGGAGACUCACACACUGCUGCGUUGCUUCAAAGUGGCCAACUUCUAACGUGUGGACAGCGAGGAUAUGGGCGUCUGGGUCGGCAAAUAGCAAACACUCCGGACGUUCUUGACGACGAGUAUUCGUCGUGGUUUGGCCCCGUAGUCUUCGCGAAAGAGGGUGUAAAAUGCACCUAUGUGGCUUGUGGUGCAGCUCAUACCUUGGUAGUCGCGGGAGCUCAUGUACUCUACGCUUUCGGGUGGAAUUCUAGCGGCCAACUAGGUGUUGGAGACUGUCGUGACCGCCUCGUACCUACAAGAGUCGCGUACUUUGACGCUGUGGAUACCUUGUCUCCGUUAGCUAUCGCUUCGGUGGCUGCAGGCAAGCAGCACUCUCUGGUGUCGUGUCCUGAUGGUAAACUAUUCGCUUGGGGGAACGACGAAAUGGGUCAAUGUGGCUUGAACUCGUGUCCUCAAAUCUACACGCUCCCACAUCUCGUGAGGUCUCUCAUCGGACUGCGAGUCACUCAAUUAGCAGCAGGUGAAGCGCAUUCGGCAGUGCUAACGAGUCACUCGCAGCAGCAUCUCGAAACGUUGGAGAGAACACAACCCAUUCAAUACGCACAGCUGGUGGACUUCUAUGAGAGUUCCAUCAAGGACGAUACAGAGCGACGCGCUCAAGUGUUUGAACGCGCUCGACGGUGUCAAUUAGAGCGUGCAGCAGCCGCAAGACGACGGAAACCUCCCGUGGAUCCAGCUACAGAGGCGUUGGUUAAGCUGCUAGAGCUUCAAGCUCUGGUUGACCAGGACGAGGCGUUAGAUGCACGAAGUACACGACCACAAACAGCUAGAGCUACAUCCACUCGCUACAGUGCGAAGAACGAAGGCGAUGAAGCGGUCCCGAAAGUGAAAGUGGACGUCGUACGCCUGAAACUCUGCAAGUAG